AUCAGCAAGAACGUGUAUGUUGGCGAGGAGCGAGCGGCGCUCAAGAGCAUGGAGUCUCGUUCAGCUUGCCAGUGCAUCUACGUGCCCGGUGUGCCUGAGACGGCUUGUGGAGAGCACAGUAACUGCAUGCUACGCGACUUGUACAUAGAGUGCGACUAUCGCUGCCCCUGCAGCUCUCACUGUCUCAACAAGAGGCUGCAGAAGAGACAGUGGGCAAAGUGCAGCAUCUUCCUCGCCAAGAACGGACGAGGGUGGGCUUUAAGGAACGACGAGGACCUGCGGCAGGGGCAGCUGGUGAUGGAGUACAUCGGAGAAGUCAUCUCGGGAGAAGAAGUUUCGAGGAGGAUGGAAGAGUAUGCGGGCAAGCGACACACCUACAUGCUCAAGUUAAACCAGGAGGAAUUCAUCGACUCGACGAGGAAAGCCAACCUCGCUCGCUUCAUUAACCACUGCUGCGAGCCGAACUGUGAGAUGCAGAAGUGGUACGUGGGGAACAAGCAGUGUGUUGCUUUGUUCGCUAAGUACUUCAUCCCUUCCGGAAGCGAGUUGACUUUCGAUUACGACAUGGAAUUCUACGGCAGCGAGAAUGUCGUCUGCCUUUGUGGAGCUCCCAAGUGUCGAGGGACGUUAGGGAAGCCCAAGGAG